CUGUCCCAGCCCAUGGCGUCCGAGGCCGGGUGGGCGCCCGCCCUGUGGAGGGCCUGCAGUGCGCUGAUGGCCGCCUUCUUCGCGCUGGCGGCCUUGGUGCAGGUGAAUGAUCCAGACGCAGAACUCUGGGUGGUUGCGUAUAUGAUUCCUGCAGUGCUGACCUUGCUUGUUGGACUUAACCCUCUUGUCACAGGUAACCUCAUUUGGAAGAGCGUCUCCGCAGUACAAGUGUUCUUCUGCGUGGUGUGGGCUGCCAGCUUGGCAUACCACCUCAUGCUUCAUGCACAGUGGAACGUCUUACACGAGGAAGAAGGCAGGGAGCUGUUUGGUCUGGUGAUUAUCGCAGCAUGGAUGGGUCUAUGCCACAGUUCAUCAAAGAAUCCAGUUGGAAGAAUUCAGUUGGUCGUUGCCACUGUAAUUGCUCUUUUCCCAUUUACUGCAUGGCUCUACAUAUAUAUUAACAAGGAUAUGCGUUCUUCCUGGCCAACUCACUGCAAGACAGUCAUUUAAAUGAAGAAUCCUGUUCUCAAAAUGAGAAUAUUCAAUUUUUAUAAACAUGGAUUUUAUUUUUUUAAUCCCAGGAAUUUUUUAAGGCUGACUACAGGGUUGGAUGGGACUAGUAAGAGACGGGGUCUGACAUCCUAUUGUGUCAUAGUGUAGUACAAAAGGCAGUUGAAAAAAAGUUAAGAAAUAUGAAUUCUAACUCAGCUUCCUCACUAUCUAUGUGACUUGGGAAAUAUAAAAAACCUCCUGGUGGUUAUUUCUUUAUCUAUAAACCAGGAUUAAAACUAGAUCUACUUAUAAAGUUGGAAGGAUCAAACUAGAUAUUAUGAGAGCACUCUGAAAAUAUAAAGUGCUUACAAAGGGCUACUAUGCAUGAUUAAAAUACAGGGAAGCGGGGCUUGGUUAAUAUGACAGAAAUAGAGGUUCAAGAGGGGACUGUCUCCCUGACCUAAUCUCAUUACAUUUGUGCAGUGCCAUGAACUAAAUGAGGACCCCGGGUGAAACAAAUAAGCAAGCAUGUCUUGGAAAGAAAGGAAAAUUAGAUAAAGGAAUUUGGAACCAAAAAGUAAACAAUAUCAAUUACACUGUAAAUAAAAAUAAGACUGAAAUCUAUACACAUUUGAAA